GAUGGAGUCGAGUAAUCGCGAACGGAAACCGAACACGAUCACAUGUUGAGACGCAUGGCUGAUUGGAGUGCGUGGAAAAAUAUCGAGUAAAUUAAUUUUCAAAUCAUUAUUCAAGCACCUUCGGCUGUUCUCUCCUAUUCUUAUCUGCGUUAGCAACAGAAGAUUGAAUUGCUGCGACUUUCCGUACGAGGAAUUUGAAUGAAAAUCAUUUUGCAUUGAAAGAGGAAUCUACUCAAAGAUGAAGCGAACAGCAAAGGAUUUAGAUACUGGUGAUUUAAAUGCAGAGAAUAAUGAAGAAGCAACAAAUAAUAAAAAAAAGAAGAAAGUGAGAUUCGAGAAACCCUUAGAUAAACCUACAGGUAAUAAUAUAAAGACACCUUUUACGAAAAAAAAUUCCAAGGGAAAAAAUCUCCAAGUGGCAAAACAAAAUGCGACAAGUAAGAAACUAGAUUUACUUAAAUCAAAGAAAGAGAAAAUAGCGUUUGUACAGAAAUCUAAAAUCAAGAAAAAAGACUCGGAAGAAAAGAAUUUGCGACCGGCCAGAAAUGAUGGAACGACCGAAAAAACAGAUUGGCUCAAAUUGAAAAAGGAAAAAAAGGAACUCAGGGAGAAACGCAGAGCCAAAAAAUUGAAAAAUGACACAGUGUAUGAUAAAAUUGUUCAGGCUAAACAAAUUAGCGAAAAAUUACGUAGAUCGGAUUGCACGCCGGAGGAUCGAAUAAAAUUAACUCGAUCGUUACAUGAAUUGUUGGAGAAGCAUUAUAGCACAGUGAUAUUUACACAUGAUAUGUCGAGAGUAGUUCAAUGCAUGAUCAAGUAUUGCGAAAUGGAUCUUCGACAGGCUAUACUUCAUGAAAUAAAACCACUCAUUGUGCAGAUGUUACAAUCAAAAUACGCGAAAAACUGCGUAAAGGAUAUUUUAAAACAUGGCUCACGAGAAAUCAAGAAUGACGUUAUCUGUGCGUUUUAUGGUAAUAUUGUCAAAUUAAUGAGUCACACUGUAUCUGCUCCCCUCAUCGAACUCACAUACUCUACUUGGUGCACGGACCUCGAUAAAAUAUACUUCAAACAAGAAUUUUACGGAGACAUGUAUAAACAGGCGAAAGAUAAAGCUGUUAAAUCACUGCCAGAUGUAUUUGAAAAUGCAAAUGAUAUGAAAACGGCUACAUUAUCAGCCGUAAAAGCAAAUCUAGUUAAAAUUUUGAAUAAAAACCUAGUUGAUUCUACUCUACUGCAUACAAUUUUAUGGGAAUUCUUCGGUGUAUGUUCAAAUGAAGACAGGAAUGAAUUGAUAGUUAUGCUGCGAAGUUGCAUUGUGACAUUAUCACAGACAAAAAUGGGAGCGAAAGUCGCCGUGCAGUGUAUAUGGCAUGGCAAUAAUAAAGAUAGAAAAGUCAUUAUGAAGGCUUUCAAGGAGAAUGUAAAGACGAUUUCUAUGUCCGAACACGGUUACAUGGUAUUAUUAGCGCUUUUCGAUUCUAUAGAUGAUACAGUCAUAAUGAAAAAGAUAAUAUUGGCUGAAUUGCAAGAGGAUUUAACAGAUAUUGCAUUAAACGAGUACGGAAGACACGUAAUAUUGUAUAUCGUGGCUAGAAGAGACUCUCAUUAUUUUCCGCCAAGUGUCGUGGAAUAUUUACAUCAAGGCGACGAUAAUUCAAUAAGCAAGAAACCAGCUGACAUUAGGGAAAAGGAACUUUUCGAAGCGAUUCGCGAUCCACUUCUUGACGCUAUAGCCGCAGAUGUAGCAACAUGGUUGUCCAACAGCGCUAUUGCUAUGGUCACUUUAGCAAUAUUAAAAGUAGGAUCUGGGGAGAAACUUAAGACUGCGUUCGAAUCAAUUGCCAAGUUUAUCAGCGAUGAAAAUUCGAAGAUCAAAGAAAACGAAACCGAAUAUAAUUCAAUCGAACAUCCUGGAUUGCAUAUGAUGUUGAAGAAACUUAUUCAGAAUGACAAGGAACUAUUGAAAAAGAAUGAAUCUACAUUUGGUGAAAUAUUGCUAUCAUAUUUAACAACAGAAGUACUCCAAAGAUGGUUAGAAUUUAACAGAGCUUGCUUCUUAUUAAUCUUGCUCAUAGAAAAUGAAAGUACGAAUGUUGCUUCUAUGUUGUUAUCCAAAUUAAAACUGUUUAAAGAAAAUCUUAAAUCGAAAAAGAGUCCUGGAAAAACGAUAAUAUUAAAAAAAUUAAAGAAUGAAUAAUAUGAAUAUUGAUCUCGAUUCGUAGGCAUAUAAAGAUAGAUUGAAGAUAUGCUAUAUAUUUUUUUAUAUUAUAUGCAUUGAGUAUAUUCGAAAACAAAGAGAAAGAGAGAAAAAAGUAAAGAUUCUCAUCUUUAAAUUAAUUCUGCUUUGAAUGAAUCCAACGCAUAUAUAUAAUAGAAAAAUAUAUGUAUAUAUCUCCAGU